CUGUUUUUCGUAACUUUAUCAUAUAUCAUGACUGAUCCUAGCAAGUACGUCUUUAACCACACCAUGAUCCGUGUCAAGGAUCCCGAGGCUUCUGUUAAAUUCUAUACUGAAGUCGUUGGCAUGAAACUUAUAACCAAACUCGAUUUUGAAGAAAGCAAAUUUUCAUUAUACUUUUUAGCUUAUGUUGAUUCUGUUCCCGAAUCCGAAGAAGAAAGAAAAAAGUUGGCCUUUAGUAUUCCCGGUGUUCUUGAAUUGACACACAAUUGGGGCACUGAAAACCAAACUGACUUUGCUUACUGUAAUGGCAAUACAGAUAACGGUAAAGGAUUUGGUCAUAUAGCUAUUAUUGUGGAUGAUAUCCAAAAGGCAUGUGAACGCUUUGAUUCUCUUGGUGUCAAGUUUAUCAAAAAAUUGACGGAUGGUAAAAUGAAGAAUAUCGCGUUUAUUGCUGAUCCUGACAAUUACUGGGUUGAGGUUAUUGCCAACCCCAGGAAUGGUGCUCCUGUCUAAUAAUAAAAAUAAAGGGCAUUGUGAUAAUGACUUUUCUUUCAUUGUGUCCAUGUGUAAAGCUAUGCAUUAAAAGGGUCGUAUGUGACAUAGUAUUAAAGGGGAAGGAAGGAGUUAUUUAGAUGAAAGAUAAUCAACAUUGCAUAUAAGUGAGCA